GCACUUUACGUCUGACGCCCGCAAGCACGCACAGACAGACAUCAUGGCGGACGUGUUGGACCUUCACGAAGCGGGUGGCGAGGACUUUCCUAUGGACGAGGAUGGCGAUGGUAAUAUCACUAUAAGUUGAUUUUAUGACCAAAUGCUCUUUUAUUCUUGAGUUUAAGCAGUGUGUAAAAAUGGAGGCUUAACGUAUCGUACAAACGUCCGUGUGUGUAAAUGUAGCUGACGGUGACUGCGUGGUUAGCAGGCCUGAGAAGUGCUAAUAAAGCGUAAGUGGUUAAUUCAAACAGACUUUAUGAGAUUUCUGUAAAGUUAUUCGAGCUAACUUUUAACACUUUUAGCUUUGGGUAUAUCUUUUCUAUGUUAACUGUGUUUCUAAGCUGAAGUAGUGCUGUGUUCAUUAUUAUAUGUGGUAUGAAUGAGUCCACUGUUAGCAUGCUAAUUCACUGUUGCUAACACGCUAAGUUUCCCAGCUACUGUUUGUUCAGCCAAACUGAGUAAACAGAACUUAAAUCUCACACUUUUAUGCAUUUAAACUAUGAAUUUUAGCUUUAAAUCUUUCGAGAAACAUUAUUUAGACGGUGCAUUUCAUUUCAAUACUCAGAAAUUAUUCAGUAUGCGUGAGGGAAGUUACAGUUUAAGGGGGAAAAUUGACUUUGAUCCGACUUUAAUUCGGAUUAAUAGGAAGGGUUUUUGUGUUUAAGUGGGUUGAGAUUAUGAAACAGGUUUUCUAUGGAGUUAAAUCAAUGUUCAAAAAUGUUUACACAUUUUAAAAUGAGGAAUAAAGACACCAUCUUUAAGAGGUACGGGGAUGAGGAAGGUGUUAGGUAGCACUGAGUGUUAUGAGGUUCUUGUUUCUUUUGUUUUUUGUUUCUUUCUUGUUUUAUUUUGUUUUGUUGAUUUUAUUUGUAUGCUGUAUUACGUGGACUUUAUCUAUCUAUAAUAAUCAGGUACAUCUAAGUUGCAAAGAAGCAUGGUGUGGGUACUUAUUAUUCAAGGGUUGGGGAUGGAAGGAGUUCAUAAGCUAUUCUUCUUACUCCUUUUCGAAUAUGUAUUUCUAUGUUUAAAGCCUUACCUUCUUGGUUUUUAUAUUUUUGGUUUGCGUAUUCGAAAUAAACUUCAAUCAAUCGAUCAGAUAUGAUGAGUAUGGUUUACUCAAAGGGUUAAAUCAAUCAAUCAAUCAAAGUUUAUUCAUAUAGCACUGUUCAUACAAAUGAAAUUGCAGCUCAAAGUGCUUUACAUCAGGACAAAAGAAAUAAGUUAUUAAAAUAGACUAAAACAGACAACAAAAUAUAAACUUGAAUUUAUUAAUGAAAGAAGGUAAAAAGUGAUACUAAAAAAUAAAUAAAUUAUAAUAGUAAUUAAAACAAUAAAGCUUUACAUGAAAGCCAGGCUAAAUCGAGUUUUUAUGUUACUUUUAAAGAUUUCUAUAUUUGCAGCUUGUCUCAAACCCUCUGGAAGUUUGUUCCACAGUUUUGGAGCGUCGCAGCUAAAAGAAGCAUCACCAAAUCUUUUUGUUCUGCUCUGUGGAACGACUAAAAGAGAAGACUGAGAGGCCGCCCUGGUUCAUAAAUUAAAAUCAUCUUUGUGAGGUAUUCUGGUGCCAGGUCAUGUAGAGCUUUAUAAACUAGUCAAAGAAUUUUAAAAUCAAUGCGAAAACUAACAGGCAGCAAGUGCAAAGACUUUAAAAUGGGUGUAAUAUGAGCUCCUCCCCUGGUCCUAGUCAAAACUCUAGCAGCAGAGUUUGGGAUCAGCUGUCUCUGGUUUAUUUUGCUUUUGGGUAGACCAGAGAGGAGAGCAUUACAGUAGUCAAGCCUGCUGGUUAUAAAAGCGUGCAUUAGUCUCUCUGUCUGGCUCAGAGAGAGAAACUAUUGACUUUUGCAAUAAUUUUUAGAUGGUAAAAGGCUGUUUUAGUGACCCUCCUAACAUGAGUUUUAAAAUUAAAAUCAGCAUCAAAGACCAUCCCGAGAUUUCGUGCUUCUUGGCUGGGGUUAAGUCCUAUUUUGUGGAGUUUGGGGGUCAGUUUCUCUCUCUGAGCCUUUGAACCAAUAUUAAAACCUCUGUUUUGUCCUGGUUGAGCUGCAAAAAAUUCUGUGACAUCCAGGCUGUUACAUCUAAAAGGCUAUUUAAAAGUGACUCCAACUGGCUGUUGUCAUCAGGAAGUCGGUUGAUGAGAAUAAACAGCUGUUAUGGGUUAAAUACAGCCGUCUAUCAAAGAAGCCAAAACUUAAUGUACAUCACACAGCAGUCAGAUAACUUAAUAUACCAUAGAGAACAGAUAGAGCUGAGUCUACUAUAAUAAAAAAGGAGUUUGUAGUUGAGGAGUUUGACCUCUGUAUUUUGGUUGAAGCUUUAAAACAGUGGUGGAUGUAUCCACAGCAUACACACAUAUUCGAACUUGACUCACCCUGUUGAUACAACAAGAAAUCACUUUUAACAUUCUGAACUUUCCCUCCCCAGAGAGCAUCCACAAGUUAAAAGAGAAAGCCAAGAAGAGAAAAGGACGAGGCUUCGGAUCAGGUCAGUUUCCACUCUGAUCAAAUCUAAGUUCAUCAAAUCACUAUUAAAACUUUUUUUAAGAUGACUAACAGUUGUUUAUAUGUCCUGUGAUGUUUCUUUUUUUUCCAGAGGAAGGAGCCAGGUCCAGAAUCAAAGAGGACUAUGAUACUGUUGAACAGGAUGGAGAUGAACCAGGCCCUCAAAGAUGUAAGUGCUGCCGCUCAAACUAUAAUAAGGCUGGCAUCGGUUUUCCAACUCAUUUCUCAACAAAGCUGUAAACUAGUUUGAAUAUUAACAUCUCUCCAGAAUAGAUAUGGUACUUCCAGACAUCUCUCUAACCUGUGCAGAUUACGGCUACAUGUGGGGGCUCAGUGCUGUUUUUUUUUGUCAGUUUUCAGUAAGGAAAAAAGUGCCAUACACAGAAAGUAAUGAGUUCUGAGCAGACAGUAUGCAGAGAAAUUGUUACAUCACUUUGCACAGCAUUCAGAUAUCCUCGUAUUUCUUGCAUACUGUACUUGCCAUUAUGGAUUUUUUUGUUGAGUUAUUUGAUAUCGAGCCAUUUUACACAAAUGACUUAAAUGGGGGCUAAGAAAGUUUUUUAGAGAUAUUAGUCAGAUUUGCAAAACUUGAACGAAAGAAGCUAAAGCAUUCAUGACUCUGCCUGGCUUGCUAGUUUGCUCAGUAAAAAGUGCUACUUGGUUUCAAUAUAUAUUUAUUUUAGAUGUUUUUGUUGUCUUUGUCCUUUUGUGCAGCUGUGGAGGGUUGGAUUCUGUUUGUGACGGGUGUUCAUGAGGAGGCCACAGAGGAAGACAUCCAUGACAAGUUUUCAGAGUUUGGGGAAAUCAAAAACCUUCAUCUUAACCUCGACCGCAGGACAGGUUACCUCAAGGUGAGACGAAUAGCCGUAAACCGUGUUUGUGCCCUUCGCACCAGAAAUAGCGAUUUCUUUUCAUCGCACAUGAUAUCUAGGACAUUUUCUAUGGGACACCCAAGAGACACGAAGGGAGAAAAUUAGGUUGAUACCGUGAAGUUUCUCAGGAUCAGCCUGAAUUUUCUCCCACGUCCGCAGACCUUUAGGGGCUUUGUCACUUUCUCAAACUAAGAGCUUCCUUAUUAAACUUUCUCAUGUCCUAUCUAACCGGGCAUCAAAAGUACACAUCAGUCGAACACAGUGAAUGAAUGUAAACCUGUACAUGCAUGUUUGGCUGAUUAGAACUGCAGUCAGAAAUGCUUCAGAUAUGAAAUUGCACUUUUCAAAAGAAAAAAAAGGUUUCUUGUACAGCGGAGCCAAAUAUUUCAGCAUCAGCGCUGCAAGUACAAACAUGCACAGUGCUGUGAAAUCAGUCAGAUUAGGUUCAUCAUGUUCUGUACUCGACUGAUUCAGUAAGUUCACUACAGGUCUUGAAAUAGUGUUUGGAGAUUUCAUAAAAGUUAAAAGAAAUUUGCGAACAUGUAAACUUGUUCAGCGUUGCGGUCAGUUUUGCAGCUGCAUGUACAAACAGAUCAAGCUUUCAGUUUUUAAUUGGGCUGUUUGGACCGGGCCUAAGUGCCUUGAGAUUGUUUUUGACACAUUAGUUGCACAUUUAACUUCUAAUAUCAUGAAUAAUGAAACCAAAAAGCCCUUUUCGGAGUUCAAAACAAGAACAAAAUGCCAUACAAGUGAGUUUUUUUUAAAUCCUUUUAAUGCUUUGGACUGUCUGAAGGUUGUUAAAGCCUGAAGUGAACAACGUUUACUCAAACAGAAAAUUAAAAAUCCGCCCUGGUUCUACUCAACACAGCAUCUACUGCUUUAUAAGGAUUCAACAAUAUCAUAAUCUCAUGUUAGACUUGGAUGAAAAUGCAAUUAAGAUACCUAUGAAGAGCCUGUGAAGUCCACUAAAGUGUGGUGAGCGAGAUGCUUGUGUCAGGAUUUUCACGGGCCUGUCGAAGUGUAAGGUGUUCAAAUCAUGACAAUCCUCAUUCAAAAAAUAGCUUUUUGUCACACCACAAUUAUUGCACUUUCUCUAUUACCUUAUUUCAGCCCAUUUAGAAAUCAUUAUCACUUACCACCCAGAGUUGGCAGCUUCUCUUCCUCAGGUCCACACAAAUAACUGUUAUGUAACAAUGGAAGCAAUUAUGUAAUGAAAAUAAAUAUAGGAGGGAGGAAACAAACUAUAGCAAACUACAAAAUAAAAAUGAGAUACUGUAUGUACAUCCAAAAUAUGGAAAGGGAAAAAUAAAAAAGCACUCAAACACAAUACAAAAUAGUCAAACAGUUAAACCAGUUCAACAUGAUGGUCUGGAUGUGAAAAUAUUAAUGAUGGGACUGAGAAAUUCGAAUCCACUUGUAUAUAAAUAUGAAAAAAAAAAACCUGAGAUUUCCUGUUUUAUGUUUUAAUGAAACCGUGUUGAACAAGGUUGAGAAUUGAUUGUUUGUAUGGCCACCGAAAUGAGAUGUGUUCAUUUUGCCUUUUGUCCACACGGUGGCAGUGUGGUUUUAAAUAUGAAUGAAGACACAAAGUAGCUUUGCCUGGAACUACUUUAACUCUGACUUAGACUUAAAUCACGUGGUUUUUAAAAAUUUAAAAAAGAAAAUGUUUAUUCAAUCAAGUCUAGUAUUGUUGAAAACUAAAUUUUAAAUGCUACUAAAUGUGCAAACACUCACGCAAGAUGUUCUUAUGAUGAUUCGUAGGGUUACGCUCUGGUGGAGUAUGAGACGUACAAGGAAGCCCAGGCAGCCAUGGAGGGGCUUAACGGUCAGGACUUGAUGGGCCAACCGAUCAGCGUGGACUGGGGAUUCGUCAGAGGACCCCCAAAGAACAAGAGGAGGUGAGAGUGCUGUGUAAUAUUGUGGACAUUUGCAUACAUUUGACUGAACUGUUUCAAUUUAUAAUUAACGUUUCACAAAAUAAAGAAUAACAGAACUUAAACACGUACUUAUAAUGUAACGUAACACGUGCACGCAUCAUGAACAUACUUAUCAUAAUUAUCAGGGGGAGUCUUUUACUGUCUCACGAUUUGAUUCCGAUCUUUGGAGCAGAUAAACCCCCUCGUUCUCCAUCACACUAUAAGGUCGUAGGUCUUUGGCAAUGAAGCAGACCAUAGACGGGGUUAUUUUUUUUUGCCCCCUCGGAGCUGACGGAGAGCUUCGUGAAGCUCUGCAGCGUGCGUUGGUCUGCAGCUGGCGGCUGAGUCUGCUCCUUGUCUCUCACCUCCGGGUGAUGCCUCGUAAUAUGAGCCCGCGCAUUUGUCGUGUUGCAGAAAUGCUUGAUUCUAGUUUUACAAUGUCGGCACACUGCGUGCGUCAUGUCCAGCUCAGUUUGUCCGGGCAUUCGGUAAAAUCCAAAAUGACGCCAAACUUUAGGUUUUAGGGAAGACGGGGCCGGCUGGAUCUCCUUUUCCUCCAUCAUUGUAUUUCCCUCUUUGUUUUGGUGCCUUCUGUGCAUGUGUGCGUUCCACAACGGGCUGUGUGAUGACGUCAGGACGUCCAGCGUAGUUCCGAAAUGGAGGCAGACAGGCAGCGGAUAUCUAAUCUUUUAAAAUCGAUUUUGGGACAUUUUAAAUACAUUCUGAAUCGUAGUAAAUUAGAAUUGCGAUUCUUGUGUGAAUCGAUUUUUUUACGCACCCCUAGUACUUCUUAUUUAAAGGGAAGGGGUGGGAGUUCAUAAGUUAUUCACCUUCUCCCUCCUUUUCGAAUAUCUGUUUCUAUGUUUUAUGUUUCUGUGUUUUUGGUAUUGCAUAUUCGAAAUAAACUUCAAUCAAUCAAUCAAUCAAUCAAAACACCUUGUUAAAUGUGACUUUCCCCCCCUGUAGGACUGGCGGACGGAGACGCAGCAGAAGUCCAGACAGGAGGCGGCGUUGAGUUCUGCAGCUGUUAGCGGAUAGAAGUGUUGUCUGUCGAUUUGACAGGCUGUUCGUAAUUCUGUCUUUUCUCCAAAAGAAGCUGAUUUUUCAGCCUCAUUAUGAGCGAAACUUCGCCUCAGUUAUUGAGAUAAAGAAUCGCUCUCACAAGAUUUAGAAAACAAGUGAGAAAAUUUGGCCUUUUUUGAUUUUGUAAAGUGUAGAGUAAACUGUUGUUGCUUUACAAUUCUUCAUAAGAUAUCAGUAAAGUUUUGUCUGUUUAAGUUUGUACUGUGGACUUAAACUCGUAGGAAGUACACUUCUAUUGUUUUCAUGAUUCCUGAAUUGUUUUUUUUCCAGUUUGUUCAGCGUAGCAUGCAUUUUAUUGUACUGGAGUGUUUUGUUUUAUAUCACUUGGGGAAACAUUAAAGUUUUUAAAAGUUCACUUGAC